AUGUCAGGUUCUUCAAUGACUGAGCUUACGGCUGAGAACGUGGCCCAAGAGCUACAGAAUGACCGCAUGGUCAAGGUUGCCGGUAUUGACGUAGACGGCGUCUUGCGCGGGAAGCUGAUGCAGAAGAGCAAGUUCCUUUCCAUCGUGUCUGACGGCUUUGGAUUCUGCUCGGUCAUCUUUGGCUGGGACCAACAUGACCAGACCUAUUUCAAGGAGCUGAAGAUCAGCAACAAGGAAAACGGUUAUCGGGAUCUCAUCGCAAUCCCCGACUUGCGCAGUUUCCGUCGCAUUCCGUGGGAGAAUAACGUGCCCUUUUUCCUCAUCAGCUUCCUAGAUCCAGACACCCGUGAGCCAGUCUGCGCGUGUCCCCGUGGACUGUUGAAGAAUGCUGCCGCCAAGCCUGAGGCUGCCGGUUAUCGCGCCAUGGCAGGAGCGGAGUAUGAGUUCUAUCAGUUUCGUGCCCCGAAUGACCAACCCGCUCCGGAGCGGGGUGCUACAGCCACAGCCGCAUUCCUGCAGAAUAACCCAGUCGAAUCGCUGCCUUCGUUGACGGAGGGCAUGUUUGGCUAUUCGAUCACUCGGCCCUUGCACAAUCAAGAUUAUUAUUACGGCAUUUUCGACGCAUGCGAGCAAUUCCGCUGCGAUAUCGAAGGAUGGCAUACGGAGAGUGGACCGGGUGUUUUCGAGGCCGCACUGCAAUUCGGCGAGGCGAAAGAUAUGGCCGACAAGGCCGGCCUAUUUAAAUACGUUGUCAAGGCAUAUGGAAUCAAGCACGGUAUCACACCCAGCUUCAUGGCCAAACCACGUCAAGGGCUUCCUGGAAACAGUGGCCACAUGCACAUCUCGCUGGUUGAUAAGGACGGCAAGAACGCCUUCCUACGUGAUACAGUCGAUCCCUCUCCGCCCUACCCUGAUGUCGCACAUCUGUCUAAUCUGGGCCGCCACUUUUUAGCUGGUGUUCUAGUCGGCCUGCCGGACAUCAUGCCACUAUUCGCACCGACGAUUAAUUCUUAUAAACGACUUGUAGAGAACUUCUGGGCACCCGUCACUGUGUCCUGGGGGUUGGAGCACCGGGCUGCCUCGGUCCGUCUGAUUACACCACCUACAGCCAGUGCCAAGGCGACUCGCUUCGAGGUACGCGUGCCUGGAGCCGAUGCCAACCCACACUUUGUGCUAGCGGCGGUCCUAGCGCUCGGGUGGCGCGGAGUCGAGAAGAAACUGGAGAUCCCAGUGCCACCUCUGACUAAGGGCCAGGACAUGGGUGGUGCCGGUGAUAAGGGCGUGCGACUAGCCAAGAGUCUGAAGGAGGCGAUCGCUACCUUUAUGCGACCGGACAGUAUUGCGCGGGAGGUGUUUGGCGAUGCUUUUGUCGAGCACUUUGGCGGCACUCGUGAACACGAGGUGCGCCUGUGGGAGGAAGCCGUUACUGACUGGGAGGUUCGCCGGUAUAUUGAGACGGUUUGA